UCACGUGGACCUCUGCCCCACAGAGCUGCCUGCCGACCACCACAUCUCCCUGGGAUCUCCUGUGGCACGGAGCUGCUUUCAGUUUCUGUGGAUCACGCCUGCGUUAUCCCAGCUCGCUGUGGAGAGGAUUGGUGUGUGAUUUGGAAAAACACCCUUGUUGAAAGACAUGAUGAAUAGAAAUAUGGAGUUAGACCCGAGGAGUGUGACCUCAGAACCAACAAACAGUCCAGGAAAGGAAAAGAGGGGGGUUGCUUCCAAGCUGAGCAGCCCAAGUUUGCAUAGCAUGGACAGUGGGCUCUUUGAAAGAGGUAUUAAAACAAUGUUAAGUAUCCGGAAAUCAAAACGAAGUCUGAACAAAGAGAAAGAAAAGGAAGUUACUGGCACUUGGAAAGGAAAACGACUUUCUUUGCGAUUCCCUAAGAGCUAUGAGAACAAAACCACGAACUGUAAUGGCCUGCAGGAGGUUAGUGAGAAGAUAGAAGCAGAGCCCAUUCAAGGAAAACCUCUUUCAGUAAUGGAAAUCAAUGACCUUAUUCAGAAAAGGCAGCUUUUAGAAGCAUUUGCAAGCAUCAAGUACUUGGAAGAUGAGACUAUCACUGAACGGGAUGCUGAGAAAUACAAAGAUAACCCCCAGGAGUUUGUACGGAAAUCCAAGGAUGUGGAUUUGCUUUAUAACUCCAUCACAAAUGUGAUCCAGGCCAUUGUGGUGGGAACACUGGAGCAUCCCACUGUAGAGGAUACCAUGCUGACCUCCCUGGUGACUUUAAUUGCCUACGAGGAAGCAGCUCAUCCUAACACAGGCAGUGCUGGUGGUCCUGGGUCAGACUCGCUUGGCAUGCCCAGAAAGUGGAAGGAGGUGUGGAGAGAAGCUGUCAAUGAGAGUGCUAGAAAAAGGGUCCUGAGGGUACCCAUGGCAUUGAAGGAAGAAGACAGUUCUUGGCUUAAUCUUCACUUGGGUUUCCUCCAGAAACACCUGAGUGAAGACUUACUAAAAAUCAAGCUAUCAGUACAAAAGUGCUAUCCGGAGGAGUACCAGGUGUGUGACUUGUAUGUGGAGGCUUUUCACAAGGCCAUUGCCUCACAUUUGCAAGAUCUCUCCCAGAGACCGCUGGAAUUCAACGAGCUCUACACCUUGCUCAACUGGGUGGCCAACACUUACUGCAGUGAACUCUUUCUGGGUAACCCCGAUCUCAAACCAGAAAUUAAGACAGAAAACCUGUCCCUGCUGUUAACGCCAGCUGUUUGGGAUAAACUGAAAAACGACUACAUCACUUCUGCAAAGGGAAAAAUCAAAAGCUAUUUUGGAAACAUCCUGAGACUGGAGGUCACAGAGAAGUGGGAGAAGGAAGUUCACCCAGAAGUGAAGGAAAAUCUCUACCAGUCCUCACUCUCCUUAGAUAUUCAAACGAUCAUCGGGGAGCACAUGAAGAUAUCUAGAGCAAUCAGCAGAAGCCUGGAAACAAAAAUGCUUGAGCUGUGUCUGGCAGAGCUGCGUGAAUUCAUACCAAGGUUCGAGGAGGAGUUUGUAGUGUGGAGCACUGCCCAGGACAGCCCCAUCUUUGCACCCUAUUUUGUCGCCUACAUCAACAACUUUCAUGACCUGCUGUCAGGGUUAGAAGCAAUGUUUAAAGUCAACACUGAGGAACUGCAGAAGAUUGUGGCAGCUCUGACAAGGAACUUCACAAGUAUAUUUUCAAACAAACUACGAAAAAAAGCACAGCCACUCCUUAAGAAAAUCCUGACCAAGGACUGGAUUUUGUUGAUGGAAAGGCCAGACUCGCUGGCGUCUGCAGUCUCACAGUUCUCCAAGCACCUGCAGCACAUGAGGGAGCCCAUGGGGCAGGAGCUUCUACGUGAUGUUCAUAAGUACGUGGUGAGGGAAUACAUCACGUUGGUCAUCAAACCCAGAUGGAAAAUGAACAGGGAGACUCGGCAGCAAGUGAGCAACAAGAUGAACCAGGAAGCCAGAAUCAUUCAUAAUAUGCUCAUUGAUCAGGGCUCUGACGCUGACUGGCUCGUUCCCGCCAUGCACCACAUUGCCAAUAUCAUUGGGGAGAAGAAAAAAGACAAAAUCAAGGAGUACGUCAAGGAGCUGUGUCAGGAUUAUCCAGAUAUCAGGAAGGAGCAUGUCCUGGCGAUCCUCGCGCUCCGGGGGCUGGGGCGCACCAGGAGAGCAGCGAUUUUUCGGCAAGGCUACCAUGUGCCGGAGAGCCCUGAUGGUGGGGAGGGCAGCACACUCUUCGCUGAAAUUGAUGUCCCAGUGAUCACCAGCUGCUUCUAAAACAACCAUGACAAGAGGUCAGCAUCUUUCCUCCUCCUAUGCUGUCUCUAUGGCAUGAUCCAAACCCUGCUCCCUGCCUCACCCCUCUGCAAGCACAACUUUUUGAUUGUUGUAGGAAAAGGAGAAGUUUUCUGAAUUUGCUACCCUGAGUUCAGAAACCAAAGGCAACAGAUGCACCAAGUCACUGACCUCCUGCAAGAGCUCCUGGGAGCAACUCCAGCCCAAGCACUGCCUUCACCCUGUGUUCAAUACAGAUUUUAUUGCUAGGAGAAUGCUCUGUUGUUUGGCUCAAGAUUGAAUCUCUUUUCAGAGAACAGGUGAAAACCAAAAGGAAUUCACUCAGAGUUAUAUUAAGGCUUGCACUGUGCAUUGUACAAUUAUACAGCAGCAGAACAAGAACCUCCUUCAUAAUUACUGUCCCUGAACAACCGAAAGGCAGAGCUUGGGCAGGGAUGUGGUAGCACCCAAGUCCUAUUUCCUCCUCUGUGAACCAGCUGACUGAGCUGGCAUAACGCAAGGUCAGUGAUGCUGUGACCUGAUGCCACAAACCACUACCUGCCUGAGGAGGAAACCCUUGGAGGGUACCCAAACCCCACAGCUGGGAUGUGAAGCACAUGGACCACUCUGCGCUCCAGGAUGGACCCUAUGGCCCUUCUGCUUUUUCAGCAGAUUUUCCUCACAUGUGAGCUGCCUUGAAAAACUCCUGUUGGACCAAAGACCUGUUCAUGCUAUCACAGCCUUUCUGUGUGGACAGACAUGUCUGGACUGGAUAUGGAGGGAAGCUCCAAAUCCUCUUGUCCCAGGGUAAAGGGCCACCAUGCCACCACUAUGUUCAAAAGUAUUUUAACAAAUCUGAUACAAUCUGACUGAGUAAAAGAGACCUCCAGCAGCCUACAGCCAUACAAAACUGAUUUUAGUUAAUCCAAUUUAUCUUCUCAGUUGUCCUCCACAGUUAAUCCAAGCCUCUGUGCAGAGACAUGUUUAUGGUUUAUCAAUCAAUGUGAUAAAUGUGGACAUGGCAUAACCUUGAAAACUAAUGUUUGCUGCAGAGCUUAGAGCAUCAGUAGUGAGCCUCUUCCAUUUUCUUUGCUCCAGUUUGCACCAGUAUAAAUUUCAGCCCAGGUGAGCAGCAGGAACUGGUGACAGGCCAAGGGAGCUGUUCUGAUGGAUAAGGAAUACAGAGUGCACCUUUAAUUCACAGUCAUCAUAUGAAAAUUUUUCUGACAUAGACUUGCUGUCUCCACAGUCAAGACAAGUUGUUUUUUUUUAAAGAUGGCUUUGAAAUAUGAGGUAUAAAUUGAGAGCUUGAGGCAGGAAAUCUUAGGAAGAAUUUUGUGUCCUGCAUCUUUCUUUAAUACAGCUCAUGACAAUUCCUGUGAA